AUGGAUCCAAGCAUGGCAGACUUGAACGCUCCACAUUCGAUGGGAACCACCAUCAUAGGAGUCACUUACAACGGCGGUGUCGUACUCGGUGCCGAUUCUCACACUUGCACUGGUAUGUAUGUGGCAAAUAGGGCAUCGGAUAAGAUCACACAGCUGACUGAUAAUGUUUACCUCUAUCGCUCUGGAUCGGCAGCCGAUUCGCAAGUUGUUGGAGAUUAUGUGCGCUACCAUCUCCAUCAUCAUACUUCGCUGGUGGAGGGUACUGCACGCGCACUCAGAUCGCAGUCUGUCGAAUUUGAUGAAAAUUCGCGAACUCAAACUGUCAAAGUCGCAAACUGGUUCCAAUUUAGCCACGGAUUCAGAGAGCUUCCUGUUAAAAUUGCUCCAAGCAUUUUAGAAAAAUGCCCACAAACCAAACUAACCCUUAUGCCCCAAGCAAUUUGGGGAAAUACUGUAAACAUGGGCAACUUCAAAGUUCAAGUUGUCAAAAUAUUCAAAGAGGAAGUUGCAUAA